UACUACACAGUCAAUGCUAUUACCCGGUAUGUUAGCUAAUGCAUGUGAAACCAAGUGGCAGCCUUAUAUUGUUGCCCUUGUUUCCUCUUGCAUAUGUGGAGUAUUGAAUGCCGCGAAUGUGCGAUCAUUUCAAACGAAGUGUUUCCUUUUAGCAACGUUAGCAUUUAAUUAAGCUGAAUAGAGCCAUAGCAUGAAUAGUCCUGUCUGUCCUCUCUACACUGGAACGACUUCUCUGCGACAAAGGAACCCGCUCCCGCCUGCAACAUGACGGAGAGGCCAAGCAAAGACAAACUCAGGCGAACUUUAUCAUUGUCCAAGAGCAAAAACAAAGGCGGCGUUAAAGCUGGGACCUCAGCCAGUCCUGCCACCGCAACUCCAAUCACGUCGUUCUUCGGCAGCCAGCCUCCCACUAAGCUGGCCUGUCCCCUGUGUGGCCAGCUGGUACCGAGAUUCAAGAUCAAUGAGCACAUUGAUUUGCAAUGUCAGAACUUUGAGAGAGGAGACAGCAGUGUCGCAUCAGCAAGUAAUGGUGUUGUGUCAAGCACCCAGCUGUCAUCCAGAAGGAAUCUCCCAAAAUCCCCAGGGCUGGAUGGAAAAGUGGAGGAGGAGGAGGAGGAGGAGGCCAAAGAGACCAAGACGAGUCCUUAUUUCAAAAAGAAUAACUCUCAGCAGGCACCGCGUGAGAUUAAAAGCAAGACUGUCGUCAGGACGAUCGACCUGGGGAGUCUUUCCUCUAAGCUAUCUAGAAAAUAUCCUAAGGCACCCGAGAGGAAACAGACUGAGGAUGAAAAUGCACUGAAAGAGGAAUGUUCUUCUGACACAUUAAAUAGCUCGCAGAAAGAAAAUGUUCGGACUCAGAGUUUAGAAGACAGAAAAAACACCACCGGUGUAGACACUCCAGCAACAGUUGAAGAUCCAUUGUGUUUAGAAAAGGUGCAUAAUCUUGAACAGAAAACAUCUAAAUCUGAUGCUGUCCAAAAGUUGGCUGCUCCAAAGCAGCAUCCUUCUGCCUCCAAAGUAGCAAAAAGAAAAAAGGAACCAACUUCCUCCGGUGGAAAGUCUGGCUCCCGAAAGAAAGCAAAACAUGAGAGGAGCAGUAUGGAGUCAGGAGAGAUGGUGCCUAGUGAAAGUACAGCUGAGACAACUGACGUGGACCUGCAUAAAACAGAGGUACCGUCUUCUACUACCUGUGACGCACUGUUGAGAUCUGAGGAAACAUGUGAGGAGCGUACUGUAGAUAUCAGUGAGGAUUUAGUGCCAGAGUCUAGCGCUGAGAGCAGCGACCAGAGCUCCAACACUCCCUGGAUUCCAUACUACCUCCGCAACUUCCAGACUGUGCUGCAUGCUGUGUUGGAGAAUGAGGACGACAAGGAGUUGUUCAAUGAGGACGAUAUGAUGCUCAUACAUGCUUUUCAAAAGCUGUCAGUCAUGGGGCAGAAGCUGUAUGUGAGACUAUUUCAGAGGAAACUGAAAUGGCUUCAACUCAGUAAACUGGAUUAUGAAGAGAUAUGCAGUGAUCUGGGACCUAUCGCACAGGAGCUGGUUCAGUGUGGUUUUCUACAGACAGAGAAUGAUCUUGAGGACCUAGGGGAGGCUCUGGAUCUCCUUCCGGCUCCUGAACUCAAGUCUCUAGCAAAGACUUUCCAUCUGGGUGGUUCUGGGACUCAAAAACAGCAGCUAGUGGAUGGGCUUCUUCGCCUAAGCAAGCAAAAGUCUCUCUUCUCUCUGAGCCCUGCUCAAAGCAACAUUGGGGCAGUCAUCCUCAAACGGGCAAAGCAGCUUGCAGGCUCCUGUGUGCGUCUCACUCGAGGUCCACGGGCUGUCUUCUCUCGCGUCCUUCUCCUCUUUUCUCUGACGGACACAAUGGAUGAGGAGGAGAUGGCGGCUGGAGGGCAGAAUCAGCUUUUCACCAUCCUCUUGGUAAACUCAGGACGCCUGGCCUUCCCAGACUACACAGUGGAGCGUGAGGCAAAGGUGUUUCGAGACAGAGAUGACCUUAUUAGAUAUGAAGCUGCCAUGCGAGCCCUGCAAGAGGUGAUAUCUGCUAUGCAGGCCGGUCAGUGGGAGAGGGCCCUGGAGCUUUACACAGCUGCCAAAAGUGCCUGGCAGGAGCUGAAAGAAAACCAUGACUUGAGUCACGAGAACGAGCUGCCCGUCUUCCUGCGCAGCUUCACUACAGGAUGGGCUUACACUCGCAUCUUAUCCAGGGGCGUGGAGAUUCUGCAGAGGCUCCGACACUAUGAGAAAGCAGUAGAAGAGCUGCAGUCCCUGCUAUUGCAGUCUGUUUAUUGUCCAGACAGCCGCGGGCGAUGGUGGGACAGACUGGCACUAAACCUUCAACAACACCUCAAAAAACCUGAGCAAGCCAUUUGUGCUAUCAGCGACGGGCUGUCAGACCCCCUGGUGCGCACAGGACAUAAACUCUCCCUCCAUCAGAGAGCUGUUAGGAUGAAAGAGUCUCCCAGCUGCAAAAAGUACCGUCUGCAACUCAAAGAUCUGCCCACUAUAGAAGUUAGAGAUGUCAAACAUGUGACUAUUCGAGGACAGCUGUUUCCUCAUGAGGGAGGUAUGGGAAAAUCGAGAUUUCUUUUGCCAGCGAAUGAAGAUGGGGAGGAGAGUUCUCGUGCCACUGUAAUAUGCUCUGUGGAAGAGCUGUCUUUAGCACAUUACAGACAACAAGGUUUUGACGAAGGGAUCCAUGGAGAGGGCUCAACCUUCUCAACACUGUUUGCUCUUCUGCUGUGGGAUGUCAUUUUUAUGGAGGGUAUUCCAGACGUCUUCCGAAACCCAUAUCAGACGUGCCCGCUGGAUCUUCACACUGACUGUUUCUAUGAGAACAGAAAGGAGGCGAUCGGGUCCCGUGUCCAGUUACUUAGCGAGGCGUCUGUGGAAACACUGAAUGACAUGUUGGAAGAUGUCUGGAAUUCCCAGGAGGGUAAAGUGUGUUCAUUGGUCAACUGGGAACGUUUCUCAUCCCUUCAACAGGCGCAGUCUCUUGUCGCCUGCUUGGGUGGAGCCUUCUUAAGUGGAAUAAUAGCACGAAUGGCAAAAGACUACAGGCACUGCCGUGGAGGUCUGCCUGAUCUUGUGGUGUGGAAUACCUCAAACAACAGCUACAAGCUGGUAGAGGUGAAGGGACCCAAUGACCGGCUGUCCCAGAAGCAGCAGAUCUGGCUGGAUGAGCUGCAGAAACUGGGGGCUGACGUGGAGGUUUGUCACGUGACGGCUACAGGAGCCAGAGGAGGUCGUCUGGAAUAAACAGAUACGAAGAACUGACACAUAAGGGUAUUAAUCAGUGUUGCCAAAUCUGAAAAAAAGAAAAAAGCAAUUUAAGAGCUUUUCUGAAUCUGAUCAUAUAGACUAGACACUGAAUUUGCUGAAAUUCUAUCUUUAAAAUAAAACGUAAUAUGCCUUGUGUUGUGUGGUGUUGAGAUCAGGGACGUCAUUGCCUUUAACCAGAAGACGUGCAUUGUGGGAACACGACUGAGAACUGUCAGGAAAUCAGAAAUAGCUUGCUUACAGAUAACCAGAGCUAAUUCAUGUCAGAAAAUAGAUCCAAGCACCACACAAACUGAUGGUGUUUCCUCCUCUUUGGCAACACUAUAUUCUCAGGAUCUUAGGUUGCCAGGCAACCAGAACUCACAUUUUAGUUGGCUGCUCUCAAAUUUCACGACAGCUCUAUGAGUUUGUUAUGCAAUUAAUUACGGUGAUUAUAUCCCUAUAAAUAAGCAGUUUUGACGUUACCCGUCAGUUCAUCAAAGCUAUUAACGAUUAUUUUCACGUUCAAUUAACCUACAAGUGUUUUUUCCAUUAACUGAUUGAUCAGCCGGUCUUUACUGUCAUAAAACGGCGCAUUUCCUCCAGAGACCAAUGUGCGACAACAAUAUCUUUACUGCAAUACCAUGUGACAUGCUGGAACCAGUCAUAAAUAAAGGAGCUGAACCUUGUACAUUUCAGCGUUGUAAUAUAAAGGUGGCGUAACUGUUGCAAUGUUUUUUUGUUGUUCACUUUAAAUGCUUCCUCUCCGUCAAGAUAAUAUGUAAUAUUACCAAAAACCUUUCUCACUGCAAAGAUUUAUAAUGUAAAGCUGUUUUGUAUUGUGAAAACUAGAAAAUUAAAAGAUAACUGGUGGAAUUUU